AUGUCGGGAGAUGUGUCCUUUCGGAAGCGUCCCAGUGACGACGUGGAGGUCGGGAGCCCCACUUCGCUGAAAUCUACCGAGCGGCCACGCAUGUUGCGAAUCGAGGUGCAUGGGCUCCUGCACGACUGGUUCGAUGUGGACGAGAUGGGUGAUUUGGUGAAAGCGUCAGGCUUCAGCAACACGCUGCGCGAGAACAUCGCGCGCUACUUCGGAGUGCCGGUCGCCGAGCAAGCCAUCUAUGACGAGGACGGCUUGAUUGCGACAGCUGCGGAUCUCAGCCGAGCUCUGCAGCGCUACGCACCGAAGCUCUACGUCUACAACGUGAACGAGAUCGGCCGUGGGUGGUUCACAACGCUGCAGGCAUUUCCAGCUGUCUCAAGCCUACCGCAAACCUACCCGCUUCUUUAUUUCCAGCGCCUCUGCUGCAAGAUUGUCGACGCAGCGCGGCUUUGGUUGGAUGCGGGGUCUCGGAUGCAGGAGUCUUUUUCCACACCGCGCAUGGCCGUGACCUCGCUCAUGGCUGUGUGUGCUCAUGCCGGCACCUCCACUAGCCUUCCGGGCUCCGUGACCUUCGAUGAGGGCCAUGCCAUCAUACCCACACCGAAGUUGAAGAGUCGAUGGUGUCCGAAGCGGUACGAGAAGGAGCCAGAUGACGAAGAGGAAGUUGACGUCGACCCGACCGGCCUUACAAAGAGGGAGCUGGUGCAGAUGAAGGCAUUGGUUCACGUAAGCUGGUGGCUGCGACUCUACAACUUCUGGGACCUGGAUGUGAAUGAGCAGCAGGUACCUCGUCCUAGCGGCUGCUUUCUCCUUAGGAGGCCAGAGUCCAUGCGCCCCAUCCAUGUCGCAGCCAAGCUUGGCCACGAGAGGAUCAUCAAAUCUCUCCUCAUGGCGCGAGCAGAUCCCACGCUGAAGACUUCCCGGGGCCGCACGGCGCUUCAGAUUGCGCGGAAGGCGGACAAGGAGGGCUCCCAUCGCGAGACGGUGGAGGUUCUCGAGGCCACCGAGAAGACGGUCUCAGUCCGGAGAGCCAUUGAGAUGAUAUGUAAUUGA